AUGUGUAUGGAGAGCGUAAAGGUUUCGAAAUAUUCUACUUCUUUAGAAGUUCUUUUACAAAACAAAAAUUUACUUGACAAACCAGAAUGUAUGUGGAAUAUAGACGAUACAGGGAUGCAACUAGAGCAUAAACCAAGACAUGUUGUUGCCAGGGAAGGCUCAAAAUAUAUCCAGAGUCGAACUAGUGGCAACAAAGAGACAAUUACUGUCAUAUGUUGCAUAAAUGCAGUUGGUCAAGUAAUACCACCUCAUAUAAUAGGGAAAGGAAAAAUUGUACGUACCUUUUAUGGUUUUGAUACAGAAAAUGCUCCAAGUGGAGCAACAUGGAAUGUAUCUGAAAAGGGCUGGACAAAACGAGGUAUUGCGGAAUUAUGGUUUGAGAAAAAAUUUCUCCAAAUAUUGGCUCAGCAAAAACCACAGAUUCUAAUCCUAGAUGUACACGAUUCACACAAUUUUGUUGAAAUGAUUGAGCUGGCUAUUGUAAACCAAAUUGAAAUUGUCGAGCUUCCAGCUCUCAGCAGCAACUGUUUUCAGCCUUGUGACAGAACAGUUUUUAAGCCACUAUAA